UUUUCCCACCAACAGUCCACACUGAUUGACUGCUACUGCCGCCGACUCCAGGAACCCAAGGUCCACUACUUACCGGGAAGAAAUGCAAACCAAAGCGACAGAGAAAUUGCUGUUUCGGAAGAAGAAAACAAACUAAAUACGAGACGUGGAGAAAAAUAUAAACGCAUGAUGCAAUCUGCGAACAAUAAUACAGACAAAGCAUCUAUUCAGCCCCAUGAAAUAUCUCACUUUCUAGAUGUCUUAGCCAAUAUGACAGAUUGUGUCGCCCAAUACAAUCCACCACCUUGUGAGAAUCCCUGCCAGGAUUUGAGGUACAGAUCAAUCACAGGAGCAUGCAACAAUAGAAAUCAACCUUCCUGGGGAGCCUCAAAUGCUGUUUUACCUAGGUGGCUACCAUCACAAUAUGAGGAUGGAAUUGGUGAGCCAAAGGGAUGGAAUAAAUAUUUCCUCUACAACAAUUUUUCCUUGCCUCCAGUACGAGAAGUUACAAAAAGAAUCAUUUAUGCAUCAAAUAAGGCUUUUCAAGAAGACAGUCUAUACUCCCACAUAAUAAUUGAAUGGGGCCAAUACAUAGCUCAUGACAUGGCUUUUACUCCACAAAGUAAAGUAAAAAGUAUGUGGGGCUCAGACUGCCAGUGUACCAGCGAGGAUCAGAAGUCCUGCUUCCCUAUAAAGAUAUCUACAAAUGAUUCACUGUCCACAAGUGGAUGCAUACCAUUCUUCCGCUCUGUAGCAGCCUGUGGUACCGGAGAUCAGAGUGCAAUAUUCGGACUUCCCUCUAUUACAAGGCCAAGAGAACAGAUAAAUGCUUUGACAUCAUUUAUUGAUGCAUCGACUGUCUAUGGCAGCACUGUAGGUGUGGAAAAAAAACUGAGGAAUCAUGACAGUGAGGGCCUUCUAAGAGUGAAUCUUCUCCAUUCUGAUCAUGGACGGGAGUACAUGCCUUUUGUAGCUGACAACCCAUCACCCUGUAUACAAGAUCCUAAUGCCGCACAUGAUGAUAGAAUCGAAUGUUUCCUUGCAGGUGAAACCAGGUCAAAUGAAGUCGUCACCCUAACGGCAAUGCAUACAUUGUGGUUGAGAGAACACAACCGUGUUGCCAUUGCUUUAAAAAAACUCAAUCCCCACUGGAGUUCUGAAACAACCUACCAGGAAACUCGGAAAAUUGUUGGAGCACUUCAUCAGGUCAUCACCAUACGAGACUACAUUCCCAAAAUUCUGGGUCCGUCGGCAUUUCAGAACUACGUAGGAAUCUACCAGGGAUAUGAUGAGAAUGUCAAUCCUUCUAUCUCGAAUAUAUUUUCUACCGCAGCUUUUCGCUUUGGCCACGCCACUAUUCCGCCGGUCGUGCACAGAUUGGAUUCUGAGUAUAGAGAGCACCCUCGGUAUCCAAGUCUUCUGAUGAAUGAAGUAUUUUUUCGCCCUUGGAGGAUAAUAAAAGAAGGAGGCCUCGACCCCUUGAUAAGAGGUAUGCUCGGAAAACCGGCAAAGCUACAAACCCAGCAAGAACUCAUGAAUGAAGAGUUAACACAAAAACUCCUUGUACUUUCCAAUAACGGUUCGAUGGACUUGGCGUCUCUUAAUCUGCAGCGAGGUCGUGACCACGGCUUACCAGGAUACAAUGACUGGAGGGAGUUUUGUGAGCUACCAAGACUGAACUCAACUUUGGACAUGAAAAUAGAUAUUUCUGAAGAGAACAUCACAAAGAAAAUUAUUGAGUUGUAUGGACAUCCUGACAACAUUGAUGUGUGGUUGGGGGGUCUAGUAGAAGACUUCUUACCAGGAGGAAGAACAGGACCUUUAUUUGCUUGUUUAAUUGGAAUGCAAAUCAGAGCAUUGCGAGAUGGAGACUGGUUUUGGUAUGAAAAUACGAAUGUGUUUACUGAAAACCAGAAACUGGAACUUGAAAAACAUUCUCUCUCUCGGGUGAUUUGUGAUAAUUCCGGACUAACACACGCACCUCCUGAUAGCUUUCUGAUGGCAAGUUAUCCUGAAGGUUUUAUAUCUUGUGACACUAUACCAAGCAUGAAUCUGGAAGUCUGGAAGGAAAAUCCAGAACAAGGUGCAUCUUGUGGUCUUCCAAAGAAGAUAGAGAAUGGGGGUUUUCUAUAUUGUUCGGAGAUGGUCUUAAUUUAUUUUUGUAACUCUGGAUAUUACUUAGAAGGACAUGAAAAAUUUGCUUGUCUUGGAAAUCAAUGGAAUGCCCAGCCCCCGCUCUGUAAAGACAUUGAUGAAUGUUCAGAUCAAGUGACUCCCGCUUGUCAUAUUUCUGCUACAUGUAAGAAUACAGCGGGCAGCUACCAGUGUUUAUGCACAGAUCCAUAUGAACUUGCUGAAGAUAAAAGGACCUGUGUAGAUUCUGGAAAACUUCCGCGAGCAUCCAUAGCAUCCAUCAUUUUGGUGGCGCUGCUGUUCCUUUCCUGGGCCGUGAUAUGCUGGAUUCUAGUUUGCAGAGGCAGGCUGUUCUCCUACAAGACCUCUGUGGACUUUCACUGUGAAGAAGAAAACCUGAAAAAAAUGGCAUUAAAAAUAGAUUGUUCCAAGUGUCACCAAAUGUCUUUGCCGUCAUCUCCAUCAAUAAUUUUACAGCCAAACAAGGCUAAUAGUUCAGUGUAAAGACCAACAAUUUACAGAUAA